GCUAGCUGCAUUCUCCCACCCCCAAAUAAAGCGAGACAUGAAUCCCCUCCUCUUCCGCUCAAAUCUUCAGACAGCGACGGCGCCUGCAAAUUUAUCAGGCGGCCGUCCCCCAUAUGAAACUCCUCUCCAGAUCCAUCUUAUCACUCGGUCCUCCUCGCCCUCCCCUCCUUUCUCUCUCCUUCCCCUCUUUUUCUCUCUUUCACACCAUUCCUCCGGUCCCCAACCCGCCCCCACCCCACCACCCAUCGAUCGAAUCCUUCUCCCACCUAUGCCUCCACGGUCCCCUCCCCGCCGCCAUGGCCGUCAUGGCCUCCCUCCAGGCCCACGGCCUCCGCGCCGAUCCCAUCUCCUACUCCCACCUCAUUAAACUCUGCCUCAACCAUGGCUCUAUCGAUGAUGCCCGGCUUAUCCACCACCACCUGUCCUCUGAUGGGCAUUGCCCAAAAUUGUUCCUUUCCAACACUUUGGUCGGCAUGUACGUCAAAUUUGGUCUCCUCGAUGAAGCACGGAAGGUGUUCGAUCAAAUGCCCGAGAGAAAUGUGGUAUCCUGGACCACCAUGAUUUCGGCGCUUACCAACCUCGAACAAAAGGAGGAAGCUUUGAUGCUCUUACUCGAGAUGCAGAGAGAUGGAAUUAGACCUAACAUGUACACCUUCUCGUCAAUCCUGAGAGCCUGCAUGGCGCUGAGAACCCUCUGGUCGAUCCACUGUUGUAUAAUUAAGUUUGGCUUGGAGUCGGAUGUCUUUGUUAGGAGUUCUCUUAUCGAUAUCUACUCAAAGUUUGGAGAUUUGGAGCAUGGGUAUCGAGUUUUUAGUGAAAUGGUCACUCGAGAUUUGGUUGUAUGGAAUUCGAUCAUUGGGGGCUUCGCUCAGAGUGGGGAUGGCUACAGGGCUGUAGAUCUCUUUAUGCAGAUGAAGAGGGCUGGCUUUUUGGCAAACCAGGGGACCUUGACUAGUGUUUUGAGGGCUUGCACUGGAAUGGUGCUGUUGGAGAUGGGGAAGCAAGUUCAUGUGCAUGUGCUCAAGUAUGAGAGGGAUUUGAUUCUUGACAAUGCUCUACUUGAUAUGUACUGCAAGUGUGGGAGCUUAGAGGAGGCAGAUGCUUUGUUUCAGAGGAUGCCGGAGAGGGAUGUGAUCUCGUGGAGCACGAUGAUCUCAGGCUUGGCUCAGAAUGGGAGAAGUUUGGAUUCGUUGAGACUAUUUGAAUCAAUGAAAGUCAUUGGGCCUAUACCGAACUAUAUUACCAUUGUGGGAGUUCUGUUUGCUUGUAGUCAUGCAGGUCUUGUUGAAGAAGGAAGGUACUAUUUUAGGUCAAUGCAGAAACUCUUUGGUAUAGAGCCUGGAAGGGAGCACUAUGGUUGCAUGGUUGAUCUUCUUGGGAGGGCAGGGAAGCUUGAGGAAGCCGUGAAGUUUAUUCAUGAUAUGAAUUUCAAACCGGAUUCGGUUAUAUGGAGAACUCUUCUUGGUGCAUGUAGAGUUCAUCGAAAUGUGAAUUUGGCAGCAUAUGCAGCAAAGGAGAUUCUCAAAUUGGAACCUGGUGAUGAAGGAACUUACAUCCUCUUGUCUAACAUUUAUGCAGACUCGCGCCAAUGGAGUGAUGUUGAACAAGUGAGGAAAGCCAUGAGAGACCGAGGGGUAAGGAAAGAGCCAGGUCGCAGCUGGCUUGAAGUAGGUAAGCAGAUCCAUGUCUUCAUUGUAGGAGACAUGUCGCACCCACAAAUGGACAUUAUUGUAAAAGAGCUGAACCGAUUGGUUGGUAGAAUAACCGAACUGGGGUAUGUUCCCAACACAGACUUUGUGUUGCAUGAUCUAGGACAAGAGCAAAAAGAAGAGUCGCUUCAAUAUCACAGUGAGAAGCUGGCUAUUGCAUUUGGGAUAAUGAACUCAACAAUGGGAAAGCCCAUAAGAAUCAUGAAGAAUCUUAGGAUAUGCGGUGAUUGCCAUGCCUUUGCGAAGCUUGUUGCUAAGACUGAAGACAAGGCCAUCAUCAUACGGGAUCCAGUUCGCUUCCACCAAUUUCAGGAUGGAGUUUGUUCAUGUGGAGAUUACUGGUGACAGCCAUAGGAAGAAAGACACGGUGAAGCAGAGGUGAGGCUCGUGUGGUCUUACUCUGCUCACCUGAUACCAUAGAGCUCCUCCUGCAUGCUGCCAUGAAUGUGUGGCUAGCUUUGCUGAGCUGAUUAAUUAUGAUGGUCAGUCCAGAGUGAUGAUGGAAGUUCAGGAGUUUGCAUGUUGGAACCAGUCAGGAUGCAAUAUAAAACUAAUCAGCUUAAUGUUUAAAGACAGUUAUCACAUCCCUUUAAAUUCGCACAGCAAGGUUGCAGAAUAUAGCAAAGCCAUUGAGACUUGGUUGAAUCAAAAUGAUCAUCCAUGGUCUCCAUGCUCGCCAUGUCCAAAGCUUAUAGAAGUAACCAAGUGGAUGAUAUGUCAGGACCAUGGAGAGGAUUCAUCCAAAAAGGGACAUAUGUUCUUGCUUUAAAGGAUCAUAUCUACGAGAACUAAUCAUGCUAGGAUAAAUUUGUAUUCAUUCUGAUUAUUAUUUUUUUCACAAAAUGUGAUCCCUAUUUGUUACUGUUUUUAUCUUCUGAACAGUUAUGUUUAUCUCAAAUCCUGACAAGCAUGGCAUGAUAUACUUAACAGAACAUGGUUAAGAUGGUGCAUGCUGUCCCAUUAUUCGCAGAUACAAGAAAUCCUUUUUUGUGCAAAUAGAUACAAUCCUUUUUUGGAAAACUACAAUCUGUAAAACUGGUGUCAGCACAUAGUUUGAAGCUGAACACUCUGGAUCUAGGGCUAUAUUGAAUUAUUCAUAUUA